AUGAGUCCUCCCGGCGUUUCCUGUGGAGAGAGACGUGACUGUCGUGUAUCCUCUGGGGAGCCUCAACAACAUCAUGAUGCUGACGAGGCUGAGAAGAGUCUCUCCAAAUCAGAACACCUCAAGAAACCCCAGCGGAGAUCCACAGGGAAGAAACCUCACCACUGCUCUGACUGUGGGAAGAGUUUCACCUCUUCAACAGAACUUAAAAUACACCACAGAAUCCAUACAGGAGAGAAACCUUAUAGCUGCACUGACUGUUUGAAGAGAUUUUCUCAACUAGGGAACCUGACAAAACACCAGUUGACACACACAGGAGAGAAGCCUUACCGCUGCUCUGACUGUGAGAGGACCUUUUCAACAUCACAGCAUUUAAAGCUGCACCAGCGAACGCACACUGGAGAGAAGCCUUACCACUGCUCAGACUGUGGGAAAAGUUUAACCUCCUCAAGUGAACUGAUUAUACACCAGCGAACACAUACAGGAGAGAGGCCAUAUGGCUGUGAUCAAUGCGGGAAGCGAUUCACUCAGUCAUCAAACCUGACUGUACACAAGAGAAUACACACUGGAGAGAAGCCUUAUCGCUGCUCCAACUGUGGAUUGAGCUUUACUACCUCAAGCUAUCUGAUAACACACCAGAGAACACAUACAGGAGAGAAGCCUUAUAGCUGUGAUCAAUGUGGGAAGAGUUUUACUCAGCCAAGUCACCUGAUUGUACACCAGAGAAUACACACAGGAGAAAAACCUUACCACUGCUCUGACUGUGGGAAGGGUUUUGUUAGAUCAUCACAUUUAAAAUCUCACCAGAGAACACACACAGGAGAGAAGCCUCACCACUGCUUUGAAUGUGGGAAGAGUUUUGCUUUAUUAGACAUACUGAUAGUACAUCAGAGAACCCACACUGGUGAAAAGCCUUACCACUGCCCAGACUGUGGGAAGAGAUGUACUACCUCAAGUAACCUGAUAUCACACAAGAGAACCCACACUGGAGAGAAACCUUACCACUGCUCUGACUGCGGGACGAGUUGUUCUACCUCAAGCAACCUGGCAGUACACCAGAGAACACACACAGGAGAGAAGCCUUAUGGCUGUGAUCAGUGUGACAAGAGAUACUCUCAUUCAAGUUCUCUGAUUAAACAUCAGAAAAUACACUCAGGAGAUCCACAGAGUGUAGAAUGACCUCCGCCAAGACCUGGGUAGUUGAACACAGAGUGUGGAAUGAUUUCCAACACCAGACCUGGGUAGUAGAACACAGUGUAGAAUGAUCUCCAACACCAGACCUGGGUAGUAGAUCACAGAGUGUAGAAUGUUCUCCAACACCAGACCUGGGUAGUAGAUCACAGAGUGUAGAAUGUUCUCCAACACCAGACCUGGGUAGUAGAACACAGAGUGUAGAAUGAUCUCCAACACCAGACCUGGGUAGUAGAACACAGAGU